CGCCAACGCGCCAAAGGACGAUUUAAAAACGAGGCGCACAUGCGCACUGGCUCGCCCCGCCAUCCUACUGAUGUCUUCACCGGCGUGAAGAUGGCGCUGCUGCGACCCCUAGACAAACUGCCGACCCUGGAUGUGGCCACCAUCCUGCUGCUGGGCGCUGAGGAGACGCUUCUGCAACAGCUGGGAGCGGCCAUCAUCGAGCAAUGUGAGGGCAUGGCCAAGAUCCAGGUACACAUGGCCUCCUCCCUCCCCCUGCCCUCCGACAGGGAGUGCUUCCGGCCCCGCAUCGACCUCAUUGUCUUCGUGCUCAGCCUCCACAGCAAGUACAGCCUGAAGACCGUGGAGUCGUCGCUGCCUCAUGUGGACGCCAGCUUCUUCCUGGGCAAAGUGUGCUUCCUGGUCACUGGAGCCAGAAACGAGCAAAACAGUGGGGUCCACUUGGACACCGUCAAGAAGAUGGCCGCCACCUACCACAGCCCUCUCCUCUUCGCUGACCUGGAGGUGAAAUGCUUCCGGGUCUCCAUGGCCCAGCGCCUUAUCCGGAUCCUACAGAUCUGUGCGGGCCACGUGCCAGGCCUGUCGGCCCUGAACCUGCUGUCCAUGAUGAAGGGGCCCUUGGACCCGUCUGCGCAGGAGUGUGACUGAGCCCCGCCCCUGAAGGUCUCCGGACCGCCCUCCCCUCCCCUCCGGGGUGGCCGGGACCUUGCUGCAGGGGAGCCGAGGGGAGAGGUGCCCAGGGGGACCUGCCUGCGAGUCUGCCCCCUCCCCUGGGCCGCUGUUACUCUGAGAAAUCUGGGUUACUUAAAAACGAACCGGAACCAAACCAGUUGCCCCGUGCCCUCCUUUCCAGCCCCGCCUCUGUCAGCUCACUGUCCUCAGGCCCGGAUAUUUCCUGACAAAAAUCCAUCGUGUUCCGGACAGCAGACAGCGGCCAACCAAGUAGCAGCGUCCUCCUCUUCAGACUCAGAACCAUGCGCAGGCCUUGGAGGGCUGGGUCAGGGGCCUGAUCCCCCAGAAAACUCAGCUCUCGCCAGUCAGAGCCUGUUGUCUGAGCAGCCCUGGGCUCCGGCGUUCCCCAAGAGCCACUUGGGAGAGGAAGGUGUCCAAGGCGAGGGAAGGCUUGCAGGAGAAGAUUCCCAAACUGUGAUCAGCGUCCAGGAGAAGGGGCGUUAACACCGAACUUUAUUCUGACAAAACUCUUACUAUAAUUGAGUAGGGACUGAAUAAACUUCUUGGUGGUCAGAAUUCCCUACUGUCCUACCUGAAAUGAGUGAGGGCAGAUUGAGCUGACCCUCACCCUCCAUCCCCCGCCCCCGUCCCGAGAUCUCGCCCUGUGGGGAGCCCGGCUCGAGCGGGAUCUAGGCCUCUGACACCCUUGUCGCCUUCCUUUGGGAUUCAAGGCAUGAGGGGCAAACUUGCCAGAAUGAAGAGGCCCUCGCUCGGACCGGGCCUGGCUCCCUCCUGCUGCUCCCCCUCCCUCUCCUAAAACUAGAAACUGGAUCUCUUUGGUCUGGAAAUCCACUGAACAUCUGCUGUUAUCUCAAUUAAAGAUGCUUUUUUCUUUCAA